AACAUUAAAAUCUUGUCUAAAUAUCGAGGAAAAACAAACAACUCCAAACUUAGCCUUGUCUAUCUAGGGCUCGGAUUUGAUUCCAUUUAUCGAUAAACAUGAAUCCCUAACCAUAAACGGACCGGCAUAUGAUUUUCAAUUAUCAGAUAUAAUGUCGACCGGUCUUUAUCGUUGAAGAUAGAUUACAAGUCUGAUUAAUCGUAGUCAUCCAUAGAUAAAGGAGCUUUAUAAAUAAAAAGCAGCUUUAUCCUUUAAAGAGAAUUUUUCUGUGACGAGGACCUAUAUCUAUCCUCGCGUCGCGACUUGUCGUCUUCGUCUCAAAUCUCAAUCCUCUUCGAAGCACACAACAUCAUAUUCCUCCUCGCAUCCCUCUCCUUCGCUCCGAGAUAUUCUGACUUCUGAAAACAUCGCCGCCGUCUCCAAUUCGAUGGCGUUCCUUGUCCGAUCGCCGGAUAUACCCACACGAAUCUUCUCCGAUUCGAAUUCGAGUGCAAGUCACGCGUUUACGAGGAGGAGAGGUACGGUUUCCGCGAGAGUUUCGUCUAGUUUCAUGAUUCAGAAAUCCAGAUUAUACGCCAAAUUCUCAGCUCCGGCGAAAGAAGACUGCAAGAUUAGCAGACAUGAUGAGGAGAAUAAAGAGAGCUACUACGUGAAUAAGGGUCACGCCGUUCAGUGCCUCAGAGAGGAGCUUCCUUCCUUGUUCCUCAAAGAUCCCAGCUUCCACAUUUACAGGGAUGAUAUUGUGUUUCGAGAUCCUAUGAACACCUUCAUGGGGAUUGAUAACUACAAAUCCAUGUUCUGGUGGUUGCGUUUCCUUGGAAGGAUCUUCUUCAAAGCACUCUGCGUCGACAUUGUUAGUAUUUGGCAACCCACAGAUAACACUCUCAUGAUUCGAUGGACUGUUCACGGGGUUCCUCGUGGUCCCUGGGAGACUCGUGGUCGUUUUGAUGGCACUUCCGAGUAUAAGUUCGAUAAGGAUGGGAAGAUUUAUGUUCACAAAGUCGAUAACAUCGCUAUUAACUCGCCUCCAAAGUUUCAAAUGCUCAGUGUUCAAGACCUUGUUGAAGCCAUUACCUGCCCUUCCACACCCAAGCCGACGUAUUUUGAGUUUAAAGACUCGUCAUCAUCAUCUUCGGAAACAUACUAGUGUGCAUAGUCUUUUUGUGUGGUUAUAGAUAUAGAGUAAUGAGAAGCUAUGGGACUAUAGUUUGGUGUGUAAUAAUAUAUAGAUGAAGAAGAAUGAAAUAAAACAAACAAAAGCGUUUUUGUGUGUAUAAUCAAGACAAGCUUGUGUA